GCACAAACAAGCAUAUCCCUUGCGGACAAACGCAGUCCUACGUAUGUAUAGGGCAGUUAAUUAACGAUUAACUUUAGAUUAUACACGUAACGGCCAAAAGUGUUAUCGAAAAGAUUUUUGAAAGUGAUAUUUGCACUUAUGGGUAUAGCCAUGCUAAGUUUGAGGCAGUUCUAUCAGUUUGCGAAAGAGUUGAGAAUUAUUUAUGAAAUAAGAAUAAAAUUGUUAGCUUUGAUGUUGUGGUGAUCUCAAUUUGCCAACUUCAAAAAUUUGGAUAUAAUUUCUAACGAUCUCAUCUGGCGAUAGCUAUCUGCAAAUGCAUUUCUGCCAUUCUAUAUUUUUUUAAAUUUAAACCUUAGUCUAAUUCUUUCGUUACAUUAAUAAUUCACACCCUAUAUCUUCAUUGACGUCUUCUUGGAUCUAGUCAAAUGUAUUUGGCUAUCGAUUGCAUUCAUCAUUUGCUCGCAUCCAGUUUUGUUUACCAGCAGUUAACGCACGCAAACGAAACGCGCAGCAGCCGACACCAAUAUUUGAAGUGAUUUCUAAAAUACAUCUAUUAAUUUGCAACAGCUUAAAGUAUAAUUUUAAAUAUUUAACGCAUUUACAUAUGUGCGUCGUUCAAGUAAAAUAAAGAAAACGGAAAAUUAAUUUAAUAAGAAACUGCACUUUUUCUUCAGUCACUAACGUAUACUAUACACAUAGCAGCCAACUGGUGCAACGCACUCACACACAUCAACUUGGUCACAAUCACUCGGCGUGACCUUGCCCCACUUUGUGUCAGUGUUAGUUAAACGCCCUAUCAACCCCCUAACAAUACGAGCCAACGAACUAAAUACAAAAUUAAACGCAUAUACAAACUUACAUAAAUACAUACAUAUAAAGCUACGCUGCUAUCCAUUGCCAUGGUUGAGGAAGGCGGCUGUCUUAGACAAACAGGCGCUUCCUUGUCGACCAGUAUGGUAGCCAGUUCGAAUGCAGGCAGCAAUGUCAAGGGCGGUAAAUAUGUGUGGUCAGAUCGUGAGUUGCUGAUGCACUUGCAAAAUUAUACACCCCUCAUAUUACUCAUUGACUUUGUGGAGAAGACGCGAACAAAACGCUUUUAUGAGGCAGGUGAACGCUACGAAAUACUUAUGCUUAUAUUCAUUAUGCGCAAGGGAGCACCGUUUUGUGAAAAUAAGCGUUUUCCCGAAGAGUAUUGGGUGAAUCUGUCAGUGGGUCCCAUUGCCGAAGCCUUCGAUCGUUUGUCGGCCGCUAUCGAUAUACCGGAUCCGCAAUUGCCAAUACAUAUGACCGUUACGGAUUUAACCAGUUGGAAGCAACAAUUUGACGCAGCAAUUUUGGAUAUACGACGUUUUGCUUACUAUACAGAACCGCUCGUGUUAGCCGAUGUGGGCGUUUAUAAUCGUACAACAUUUGAGGAGCGUUUUGGCUUACAUUGGCGUAUUGAUUAAGUUAAAUUUAAAUUUUACUAAUUUAUAAGCAUCAAGUGGUUUGCUAGUAUUGUUAAAUAUCUUUUUCUUGUUAUUUCCGCUUUAUGCUUACGUUCGCCACCCUUUGCGCUAAAAUUGCGCGCUAUUAUUUCCGUAUCCGUUAUGGAAGCAAAAGGCAAAGUAGAAACGAAAAAAUUGUAUGUCAAAACAAAGAAAUUAAAACUGUGCCUUUACAUUCGCAAGUUAAUUAAUUCACUGAAAAAGUGGAAAAACCAUUCUAUAACUUUUUAAAAAAACUGAAAUGUUGAAAGCAAAUACAUAUAUGUAUAUUUAUGUAAAUGCAUAUUUUUUAAUCAAAUAAUCGCUAUAUACUCGUAUGCACAUAAAUAUGGGAUUGAACAAAGGAAUUUAAAAGAACAAGCGGGUGAUAUCAUCUAGCAAUUGUGCAAAAUUAAAUAAUACUUAAACAAGAAUAUGCGCUAUGAAUGAGUACAUAACCAUAUGUACACAUAUACAAAAUUUAUGAACUCAUCAAUGUAACUUCCGUUCGAACAAUCAACGUAAUUUAGCUCUAAAAAGCUAUGCGAAAGAAAAUGUGAAAUUUAGCUGUAAAUUAAAUAUUAAACGAGCAACUUACUUAUGUAUAUAUUAUAAAUUAUAUAAAUUAAAAAUCAUAUAAAUUAAAAAUUGUAUAAAUUAAAAACAUAUAUGCAAUAAUAAAUUGUAUUUGAAGCAAAGUCAUGUAAAAACUAUGGGUAAAGAAAUGUGGGCUCUUUAUUGUCUGUUAUACUAAAUAAAAUGUGUUAUUUGCUGCAAUAUUGCAUUGAAAGAA